AUGGUCUGUUCAUUAUGCGGCUUAGUUGUUGCAGACAGAAUUAUCGAUGUCGGAUCUGAAUGGCGGACGUUUUCAAAUGAUGCGAAUGCCAAAGAUAACUCCCGAGUGGGAGCAGCUGAGAAUCCCCUUCUAGAAGGAAAAGACCUAUCCACAAUGAUCAGCGCUCCGUCCAGAACCGACUCGCGGCAUGUUGAUGACCAAGGAAGACCUCUGUAUCGAAAUAGGAGGAAUGUUUCUGGGAACGAUAGAGCUCUCAUUACCGCAUUUCGCGAGAUAAGCCAGAUGGCUGAACGCCUCAACCUACCGAAAACCAUAUCAGACCGCGCAAAUCUACUAUUUAAGCAAGUAUACGAAACGAGGAACCUGCGUGGCCGAAGUAACGAUGCUGUCUCAACUGCAUGUCUCUACAUGGCCUGCCGGCAAGAGAAAGUUCCUCGAACAUUUAAAGAGGUAUGCGCCGUCUCCAAGGUGUCAAAGAAGGAAAUUGGCAAGGUUUUCAAAAAGAUUCUCAACAUCCUCGAAACCAACGUUCAAGCCGUCUCAGUUGAUGAUUUUAUGUCUAGAUUCUGUGCAAAUCUACAUCUCAACAUAACGGUGCAGCAAGUGGCCAACGUUGUUGCCCGGCGCGCUUUGAACCUAAACUUGGUGUCGGGUCGAAGCCCAGUGUCCGUCGCCGCCGCUGCCAUCUACAUGGCAGCAUACGCCCUAGGCUGUCGCAAGGAAAAGCGGGGUGAGUGCGAUUUAUUUGAUAUGGAUCUCUUUUGUUCUUUCAAACUCGAUCAGGGCAUUGCAACACAUGUUAACGGAAAGUAUCCAAUUUUUGACUCGAUUUCAUCUGAACUCCAAAAUUACAGUAACUUUCGGCUUUCGGCUUACCGGCCUCUUACUCUAAACCUCGAUUACCACAACUCCCAAAACGAAAGGUCUUCACUAACCAUAAGAGAACUUUUACGUCCUACUACCUUUCUCCUUUCAGAAAUUGGAGAGGUGGCUGGCUGCGCCGAGGCUACAAUCACCUGCACCUACCGUGCCAUGCAUGCACGUGCCUCAGAGCUCUUUCCUGACGAUGUACGCCUGGCCGUUCGGCCAGAACAAUUUCAGCUUUAG